UCACUCACUGUUUUUCUUUUUCUGUCUUUGCCCUUUUCAGCGAAAAAAAAUCCUAAGCCAUAAAUUAUAUUUUUUAAUAUAAAUACCAGAAGUAGUAUUUUUACCAGAAGUGUUAAAGUACGUAACGCAACCAAAACUUGCUUUAUCUCUAAAUUGCAUACUCUCUCUACGCUCACCACCACCAGUCGCCACCCUCACCACUGCCGCUUCCGCCACCUCUUUUUCUCUUCUUUUCACAAAUCAAAUACCCAAACCCCAAACUUCUUCCUUUCCCACUCUAUUCAAAUUCAUCCUUUUCUGGGAAAAUUAUAACUGAAUUUUCUUCCCCUCCUUCCCUGAAAGAAACGAAGAAGAAAUUUUAGUACGAAAGCAAAGAUAAAGAUAUGGCUUCAAUCCCAACUCCUUCACCUGGUAAUCUCACAUUCCCGAGCCAUCAGUUUCCGUCUUUUAAAAGAUCGUUUUAUUACCCGCCGGCGAGGUUCCCCGAUUCCACUCUGUGCCGCUGCUCCGAUAACUCUUCCGACAACAAUUCCGUUAGCUGGAGGUGGGACUCCGCCGUUGUAGACGUUAUCAAGAGUGCCGUCAAACGAUUCGAUUCGUACUUGAACCCUUUCCGUAAACACCCCGCGGAAACCGGCGGCGUUUCUGAGAACCGACGGCGGCGACGAGACGAAGAGGGAGAUUGGGAUUGGGAUCAAUGGAAAAAGCACUUCGAACAAGUCGAUGAACAAGAACGGCUCCUGUCCCUUUUGAAGGCACAGUUAUAUGAAGCUGUAUGUAAAGAAGAUUAUGAGGAUGCUGCUAGGUUAAAAGUUGCAAUUGCAGCUGCUUCUACAAAUGACACUGUUGGCAGAACCAUGUCCCAUUUAAAUAAAGCAGUAGUGGAAGAACGUUUCGAGGAUGCAGCAUUUUUACGAGACACUGCCGGUACUGGGUUGGUUGGAUGGUGGGCUGGUCUAUCCGAUGAUACCAAAGAUCCUCACGGUCUAAUUAUACGUAUAACUGCCGAGCAUGGCAGAUAUGUCGCUAGGAGUUUUAGUCCUAGGCAACUCACUACUGCAUCGGCUGGUAUGCCCUUAUUUGAGAUCUUUCUUACUGUAAACAAGAAAGGUGAAUACAAACAGCAGGCAGUGUACUUGAAAAAGAGAAGGGUUUUCCCAGAUCCUUCAAAGGUGUCUUCUAAAACAUCAGGAGCCACAAGUCGCAGGGUUCCAUCAGUCACCAGUGAAGACAAAAGUGAUCUUUUUGUUGUGAGUACAGAAGAUGAUGAAGAUGGUGAUUAUGAAGAUGAUGAUGAUGAUGAUGAUGUUGCAGAAGAUGGAUCUGAUGUGGGUGAGGGACUAACUAGUUUUCAGAAUUUACUGCAAGAUAUGAUUCCUGGGGUGAAGGUCAAGGUCUUGAAAGUCAGUGCACCCGGGAAAGUGGACCAAGAUUUUAUAUCUAAGGUGAUUGAGCAGAUCAUUGAUGAAGACGACGAAGAUAAAGAUGCUGAGGUGGAAAGUAUAGAAUUGGAUGAUGAACUUAAGAGUGAAAAUGACCAUGAGAGAGAUCAGUUUGAGAUGGAUGUUGAUAGUGGGUUUAUUGAUAGUGAUAAGCGAGGUGAAAUUGCAGUUAAAGUUGUCGUUGGUGGUCUUGUAGAAAAACUUUCUGGCAGUGUACCUGCAUUGGACUCAGUUAGAGUGCCUGCUAAGCUAGUGAAAAAGGGGCAACUAACAUUUUCAUUUUCUAUAGAAGAAGACGUAAACCAACAAGUUUCUAGUCUCAAGACAAAGGGUUCGACGGAUAGGAAACCAAAGGCUCAAAGCCAACGUAGCGUAGAUAACAUAAUGUUUGAUCUUGCUAAAUUUAUUGGCAGUGGCAGAGACAAGAUACCUUUGAAGGUGCUGAAAGAUGUUGGCGAAUUAAUAAAUCUCACUCUCAAUCAAGCUCAAAAUCAUCAACCACUAUCUGGAUCAACAACUUUCCAUCGCAUUGAAACUUCAGCAUCACCAGAUCCUCUAAACGGACUAUAUGUCGGUGCGCAUGGGCUUUACACUUCUGAAGUCAUUCAUCUUAGACGCAAAUUUGGCCAGUGGCAAGGGGAUAGUGGGACUAAGGAGCCUUCAGAUCUUGAAUUUUAUGAAUAUGUGGAAGCUGAAAAACUAACCGGGGAUCCUUAUGUGCCAGCAGGCCAGGUGGCAUUUCGAGCCAGAGUUGGUAAAAGAUAUCAGCUCCCACAUAAAGGAAUAAUUCCUGAAGAAUUUGGAGUGGUUGCUCGAUAUAAAGGACAAGGGAGGCUUGCUGAGCCAGGCUUUCGAAAUCCACGAUGGGUUGAUGGUGAACUUGUCAUUCUUGAUGGGAAGUACAUCAAAGGAGGGCCUGUUGUCGGAUUUGUAUACUGGGCUCCUGAAUAUCACUUCUUGGCGUUCUUCAAUCGACUAAGACUUCAACCAUAGUUGGCUGUACAUAAUAAUCGAGCAUGUUUAUUAUUUGGUUCGGAUAGCUUGGGUCUUCAUUUAGGCCUAUGUUGCUCGGACUCUUCAUUUUCUUGCAGUACCCAUGUAUAGCACUUGGUGUCUGACACACGGAUAUGGUGAUAUGACCUCAUGGGUCCUCUAAAUAUGUGGAAAAACUCAGAAAAGACUAACCAUACCCGUGGCAGAUACAUACCCGUAUUCAGCACUCACACUCGAAUCCGUGUAACAUAGAUUUAGGCAUCAAAAUAGUCAGCGAUCAGUUCAACAUGAUAUUUGUCACCCUAUAGUAUAGCAGCAAAAAGAAUGGCAGAGAUUUUGGGAUACAUAUGGACACCAUUGGAGUUUCUCCAGAUUCAGCAACAACAAAAAGAAAGGUAUUUGAGCAGCCUAGGUUCUUGAAAAUUCCUUUCCUAUGUAGUAAGUUUGCAUCAAAUACCCAAAUUUAGAGCCCUAUCUGAAUCAUCGUAGCCAGCCAUAGUUAUAGCUUUGAGUUGCUGUAAAUUCUACUAUUACUAUAAGUGGAGUUGAAAUGCUGAAAGGCUUGUCGAUAAUGGCCUUAUUUUGUGAUGCAACGCAGCUACCAGAUAAAGCUUCAUAGCUGAUAUGUCUGUCAUUACUUUUGAUUUCUAUUUUCUUUUUGCUCAAUUUUUCAUAUAUAUGAACAAUAGGUUUAAAUAGGUCAAGUUCUUUCAAAAAAGGAAAAAAGUUCAAGUUUUGCUAUUA